AUGGGAGAAAAUAAACAAUGUGAUUACUAUUUAGAUUACUAUUUAGAUUACUAUUUAGAUUACUAUUUAGAUUACUAUUUAGAUUACUAUUUAGAUUACUAUUUAGAUUACUAUUUAGAUUACUAUUUAGAUUACUAUUUAGAUUACUAUUUAGAUUACUAUUUAGAUUACUAUUUAGAUUACUAUUUAGAUUACUAUUUAGAUUACUAUUUAGAUUACUAUUUAGAUUACUAUUUAGAUUACUAUUUAGAUUACUAUUUAGAUUACUAUUUAGAUUACUAUUUAGAUUACUAUUUAGAUUACUAUUUAGAUUACUAUUUAGAUUACUAUUUAGAUUACUAUUUAGAUUACUAUUUAGAUUACUAUUUAGAUUACUAUUUAGAUUACUAUUUAGAUUACUAUUUAGAUUACUAUUUAGAUUACUAUUUAGAUUACUAUUUAGAUUACUAUUUAGAUUACUAUUUAGAUUACUAUUUAGAUUACUAUUUAGAUUACUAUUUAGAUUACUAUUUAGAUUACUAUUUAGAUUACUAUUUAGAUUACUAUUUAGAUUACUAUUUAGAUUACUAUUUAGAUUACUAUUUAGAUUACUAUUUAGAUUACUAUUUAGAUUACUAUUUAGAUUACUAUUUAGAUUACUAUUUAGAUUACUAUUUAGAUUACUAUUUAGAUUAUUAUUUAGAUUACUAUUUAGAUUACUAUUUAGAUCACUAUUUAGAUCACUAUUUAGAUCACUAUUUAGAUCACUACUUAGAUCACUAUUUAGAUCACUAUUUAGAUUAG